GUGGGUUCCCACAGCAGAUGCGAAAAUCGUACGACGCAUUCGAGAGCAAGAGGAAUCGAUUGUGGAAGUAUUGCGUGAGUGUCGUGUUUCGCAUUUACUGCAUCCAGCUAGUGCCAAGAAAAGAGACGCCAGCGCAAGAGGUGAAAGUCAGAGCGUGAUUGAUACCAGAAAAGUGUUGGCAAA